AGGAGGCGGGCAGGGUGGGUCGAGAGAGAGCCUGACGGAGCGCGGCAUGGCUGGGGCGGGUUUGCUGCGGGGCGCGACCCGCCUCUCCGGGGCCCUCUGCCCGGGGCUGGGAGCGCGAAGCUACGCCAAGAAACCCGUGGGGAAGAGCAAAGCGAAAAGUGUGUGGAAAGAGGACCUCAAGGGCCCUGAAGUGUGCAAAGACCCCGUGUUACUCACCACCCACUCCAUGGGGACCAACAUCUACAAGGAAGGGCCCGAGGUGGCGCUGAAGCCUGACUGGGAGUAUCCCGAAUGUAAGCAGGGUCCUCUCCAAGUUCUGUUGGUGACCCAAACAGUGGUCAAGUGUAAGGGAAGAAUCCCAAGGGAGUCUCCAGAGGACGUCAGCCCUGACCCAGAAGAAGGACCAGCUGUCCACCAUCAGCAACAGCUGCAACAAAGGAGAACCCAGAAUGUUGGGAAGUUGAACUCCUUGACGAGUUAAAAACUUUGUUCUAAAGGGUAAAAGGAGAUUGAACCAUGGGAAAAUCUGUUAAUCAUGACUAUGUAUGCUUCUAAAUCCUGGUAGCUUUGUGCACAGGGUAAAGAGGAAGAGUGAAAACCCCAUAGUGGAGCGGAACUCUGGGUUUCAUCAAGCCUAGUAACUGAAGGACUCCCGAAAGGUAUUUCACGAUAGGGAAACAAGAAGCUUGAGAUUUGUUGGGGUGGCUGACAAGCUGGCUAUCUGAUUUUGGAUGGCUACGCUCUCUGGUAAUGGAACUUUUAGCUUUUGGUGCUCUGAUGCUUUUUGGAUGUAGUAUUAAUAUGAUCCCCUCCUACUCCUCUGUUGUUGUAUACAAUGGGUCCUAUACUGUUUAAACCGGACAUUGACAUUAAAAGAAAAAAGAAAAAAAAAGAAUCUAUAUCCCGGGUGAGAUAUCAUCGUACCAGAAGGGACUAAGGAAUUAGUCCCCACUAAAAGAAAGGGUGGAAUUGAUAUAAUUGAUUAACUUAUAAAACUAAUCUAGUCAUGCUGAAAGGUUUAAAACACACAAUAUGAUAAAAAGUUAAGAAGGAAUUUUCUCCCCAGCUGAAACUGUUACUUAAGUAGGAACAAAGUACAAUUAAGUUUACACAGGAAAUGAAAUGAGAAGAUACUGUUAUCAUGUAUUAAAGAGAUUACUUGCCUAUGUGAUCUGUAAUGUAUAAAAAUCUGUUGUAAAUGAUGAUUGGGGUUCUGGAAUUUGGGCACUAGCCGGCCAGAACCUUUGCUUCUGCAGAGCAAAUAAAGCCUUUUAAAAACUUCUCCGCUGGUGAUGUUCUUUGGCUCGCUGACCCAGUAAAAGAACCAUUUGGAUGGUAUAGCACCUUCGGCAGAGUUUUAGUGCAGUGCAAGUUGGAGAGCUGAAAAAUCCAAGUGAAGGAGCACAAGUUACUGUCAGAGAGAAUCAGAGCUGGGGCUGGAAAGAGGGCUGAGAAAUCACUGGGAGAGCUGUGACUUCCCGGAGGACCAAAUCACUGUGGAAGUGGAAGAAACGGUUUGAGAUUGAACCCCCACAUCUGGGAAGGAAG